AGGCCCGCACGCCGGAACCCAGAGGCCCUCUGCGCGCGAGGGCUGGAAUCCGCAGCGCGGGUGCUACGAGCGGCAGGGCCCAGCGGGUCCGCGGAGACUGACCUGCGCCUAGAGCCCAUCCCGGCAAGCAAAGCCUGCCGCGAGUCCCUGGCGUCCCCUCCGGCGCGCUCUUGGAGCCACUUUUCCGAGCGGAAGUCAGCCUGCUGCUCGGGCUCCGGUGUGACCUGCUCGGAGGAAUGGCGCCGCCGGGUUCAAGCACUGUCUUCCUGUUGGCCCUGACAAUCAUAGCCAGCACCCAGGCUCUGACGCCCACUCACUACCUCACCAAGCAUGACGUGGAGAGACUGAAAGCUUCGCUGGACCGCCCCUUCACAAGUUUGGAAUCUGCCUUCUACUCCAUUGUGGGACUCAGCAGCCUUGGGGCCCAGGUGCCAGAUGUAAAGAAAGCGUGCACCUUCAUCAAAUCUAACCUCGAUCCCAGCAACGUGGAUUCCCUCUUCUAUGCUGCCCAGUCCAGCCAGGCCCUCUCAGGGUGUGAGAUUUCUAUUUCAAAUGAGACCAAAGAUCUGCUUCUGGCAGCUGUCAGCGAAGACUCGUCUGUUGCCCAGAUCUACCAUGCAGUCGCAGCCCUCAGUGGCUUUGGCCUUCCCUUGGCAUCCCAGGAAGCACUCGGGGCCCUCACUGCUCGCCUAGGCAAGGAAGAGACCGUGCUGGCAACAAUCCAGGCUCUGCAGACAGCAUCCUAUCUGUCCCAGCAAGCUGACCUGAGGAACAUUGUGGAGGAGAUUGAGGACCUCGUUGCUCGCCUGGAUGAACUGGGAGGUGUGUAUCUCCAGUUUGAAGAAGGAUUGGAAACCACAGCGUUAUUUGUUGCUGCCACCUACAGGCUCAUGGACCACGUGGGGACUGCGCCAUCCAUUAAGGAGGACCAGGUCAUCCAACUGAUGAACACAAUCUUUAGCAAGAAGAACUUUGAGUCACUCUCGGAAGCUUUCAGUGUGGCCUGUGCUGCUGCUGCACUCUCCCAGAAUCGCUACCAUGUACCAGUUGUGGUUGUGCCUGAGGGCCCAGCUUCUGCCACUCACGAACAGGCUAUCCUGCGGUUGCAAGUCACCAAUGUUCUGUCGCAGCCUCUGACUCAGGCCACUGUUAAGCUAGAACAUGCCAAGUCUGUUGCUUCCAGAGCCGUUGUCCUCCAAAGGACGUUUUUCACCCUUGUAGGGGAUGUUUUUGAACUGAACUUCGUGAAUGUCAAAUUUUCCAGUGGUUAUUAUGACUUCUCCGUCAAGGUUGAAGGUGACAACCGUUAUGUUGCAAACACUGUCGAGCUCAGAGUCAAGAUCUCCACUGAAGUUGGCAUCACAAAUGUCGAUCUGUCCACUGUGGAUAAGGAUCAGAGCAUUGCACCCAAAACCACCCGGGUGACCUACCCAGCCAAAGCCAAGGGCACAUUCAUCGCGGACAGCCACCAGAACUUCGCUUUGUUCUUCCAGCUGGUGGAUGUGAACACUGGUGCUGAACUCACCCCUCACCAGACGUUUGUCCGACUCCAUAACCAGAAGACUGGCCAGGAAGUGGUGUUUGUUGCUGAGCCAGACAACAAGAAUGUGUACAAGUUCGAACUGGACACCUCUGAAAGAAAGAUCGAGUUUGACUCUGCCUCGGGCACCUACACUCUCUACUUAAUCAUUGGAGAUGCCACUUUGAAGAACCCAAUCCUCUGGAAUGUGGCUGACAUUGUCAUCAAGUUCCCUGAAGAAGAAGCUCCCUCAACUGUCCUAUCCCAGAAUCUUUUCACUCCGAAACAGGAAAUUCAGCACCUGUUCCGAGAGCCUGAGAAGAGACCUCCCACCGUGGUGUCCAAUACUUUCACAGCCCUCAUCCUCUCACCCUUGCUCCUGCUCUUUGCUCUGUGGAUCCGGAUUGGUGCCAAUGUCUCCAACUUCACUUUUGCUCCUAGCACGAUUAUCUUUCACCUGGGACAUGCUGCUAUGCUGGGGCUCAUGUAUGUCUAUUGGACUCAGCUCAACAUGUUCCAGACCUUGAAGUACCUAGCCAUCCUGGGCAGUGUGACAUUUCUGGCUGGCAAUCGGAUGUUGGCCCAGCAGGCAGUCAAGAGGAUCGCUGCAGAGCAGAGCAGUAGAUUGGCAAAAUAUAGGACACUACGAACAGCACAUUAGUUCCAGAAAAAGGAUGGAAAUUUUGAAAACUGAAGUGAAUGUCAAGAAAAGGAGUCAAGAACAAUUCACAAUAUGAAAAAAGGAAUUAAAAAACAAACUUUAUUUAAAAAGAAAAAAAUUGAGAUGUGGUUGUACUGUUGCUUGUUGUUUCCCAGUUUCCCCCACACAAAGCAGAUGCCUUGAGUCAGAUGGCCUGUUUCUCUGACACGAUGCCCUAGCAAGGUGCUCUGGGUGCCCGUAGUUACCCAGGGACUGCACUGGAAAUCUGAAAUCUGUGAUUAAUUUGUUUUGGAAUAAAAAGGAUGAUAAUAGGA